AAUGGAUGCAGUGCAGCAUAAGCAUAACCAGACGUAAACAAAGAGCAUAAAAAUGCAAACACCGGCGUACAAAUUCCAGCCGGAAGAUUACGACAACGUUUACGAACCGGCCGAGGACAGUUUCCUGCUGCUCGACGCUCUGGAAGAUGAGUUGGACGCGAUCAAACUGCUGCAGCCGGCGAUGUGCGUGGAAAUCGGUCCCGGCAGCGGAAUCGUCAUCAGUGCCAUAGCGAAAGCUUUGCGCUCCAGUGGAAGUUACUGCAUGGGAGUGGACAUAAAUCCUCACGCUUGCCGGAUGACUCAGAGAACAGGUCUGCUGAAUGACUGCCGCCUGGAGGUGGUCAAUAUGGAUCUGUUGGGAGGUUUGGCGGAUGGAUGCGUGGAUCUUUUAGUGUUCAAUCCGCCCUAUGUUCCAACAGCUGAAGAAGACAGCCGGGAGCUAGAGGAACAGAUAGGAGAGUUUAGGGAGGAUGGACAUAAUCUGGUCAAGUCCUGGGCGGGCGGGUUCGACGGGAUGGUAGUCACUAAUAGGCUAUUGAAGGAUCUGGAUAGGAUUCUUUCUGAGCGUGGGGUAUUUUAUUUGCUUCUGCUCAAGGAAAACAAACCUAUGGAAGUUAUUAACUGUUUAGGGAAAAAUGGUUUUUUAGGUAAAGUUGUUAAAGAGAGGAAAAUAAGGGGCGAACAUUUGUUCGUGAUAAAAAUAAGUAGGAAACAGAGCUUGAUUUAUUGAGUUUAUUGUUUUUCAUUUUGACUGUAAAGUAUUUUUAUUACAUUAUAGAAAGAUUGUUUGUAACGUAUUUGUAUAUACACUUAACAUAUAGCAAAAUAAAAAUAGCUUUUACACAAGAAAAGAACUUUCUGUUUUACCUUCUGGAUUUUAUACCAUUUGUCUAAGAUAAUGAUGUCGAUUAUUUUACAUACUUUCGAUUCGUAUAACGGUUUUGUAUGGACUUGUUCGAUUUGUUAGAUAAUAAUCAUUCGAAUGUACACAUUUACUUGAGUUAUACUUCCACAAAUAUACAAAUAUUAUUUUCGGGGUUUUUUGUAACAUUGAACAACAACUAAUAAAACAUAAAUUAGCGUUAAAAUUUGAAAUCCUCUAAACUCGUAUCUAAUCAAAAAAAUUAAUGGUAUAAAUAAAUUACAUCCAUUUCCCAUCGCGCGCGCCGAACCAGUUCUGAUUUUCUGUCUUUUUCCUCGAUGAGAGCGAUUUAUACAAAGUAAAGCUCAUGGCACGUUGGUUGUUUCUUCGCUUGCUGAACACCCGAAUGGCGUUCUGUACUUGAUAUACCAUUUAGAUGUGCCACCAAUGGAAAAGUUGUUAUGAGAAAAGAGUGGGUGAGUCUUGUUGGAGUUUAGUAUUUCUAUUUUACGAUUGUUUUUGUCAAGGUUUUUCAAUCGGUUACGUUACGACCUUCUCCAACUGCCUGAGAGGACAGGUGAAACUAUCGAUUGGACAACUGGAGAAUGCUGCGCUCUUCACAGGUCGCUGAAAGUAAUAUUCUACAGUCACUCAAAUUCAUAUUCGUACAGGGCAAUGAGUUGGAGGCAUG